CACCGCUUGGCGCUCUUUCAAAGAGGUCUGAAUCGUGACUGCGCUUGUUCAAUUGGUUUCGCGUCUUCGAUCAUUUAGAAAAUGAAACAUUUCUUAUUAGUGUUCGGCAUCUUUUUAAAGCUGCUGCUUCUGCCUUGGCCCAGUUCAGCACAGCAAGUGCCGCCUGUCGCCUGUCCGGAAUACUUUGAGUAUCUGGCAUACAAUCAGGAGUACGUGGGUCGUAUUUCUAUACGGCAUGAUGCACAGUACCAGGAAAACACGCUCCGACUCGAGUUCUCGCAACCAGGAUUUCUAAGUUCGAAUUACGGUGGCAGCCUAACUCUGUGGGAUGGCGAAGAGGUAACCAAGUCUAAUCUCCGCUAUGGACGUCCUAUACAAUAUCGCGUUGAUUUUCCCACACCCGGUGUGCUACCUAAGCUGACAUUGCUUAUGCUCAACGAUGUUGUCCUAUGCAGAGCUUCGCCAUAUCCUCCUAGCAGUGUUACGCUUACUCUAUCCCAUUCGCUGCGCUCUACGACAGUGCCGCUCUUCACUCAAAAUCCUCAGAUACUUCAGGAAACAAACCGACGGCCGCAGCGACCAAUUUGGGAAGGAAAUGUUGUCCAACCUCAGAAGGCUAUACCACAAGUGUCUAAUCCUGUGCCAGCACCACCGCGUCAAGCACCUACCCAACCUGCACCUCGCCCACGCCCAAGGCCACAGCCAGCUCCUAGUAGUGGUGGCCAGGGACUUGGCCAGCUCUCAACAAUCUGUGGACGCGAAGGGCCUGUCACAUCGCCGCUUCUCCAUUUUGGUAGUCAGGUCCGUCGCGGCCAGCUUCCUUGGAUGGCGGCCCUGUAUGAACGUGGUCCUGACGGUCUUCGCUUUUUCUGUGGUGGUACGCUCAUCUCGGCCUCAACGGUGUUGUCGGCGGCGCAUUGUUUCGUUUACGCUGAGCGAAACUUACCGCCUAGCCGAGUAGGUGUCUCGCUGGGCCGCAACACAUUGGAUUUAGUGUCGGACGGAUUAUUGGGUGAGGUCUCUGUGCUGAUGGUACACGAGGAGUACUCGCCCAGAAACUAUUCGAAUGCUGACAUAGCUCUGCUCAAGCUUUCGUCUCCAGUGAGCUUUGGCGAAUACAUCAAGCCCAUUUGCUUGUGGAAUGAGAACUUUUUGCUGCAGCUGCCGUCUGGCUACAAGUCCUAUGUGGCUGGCUGGGGAUCCGAUGAGCAUGGCAACCCGAAUACGCGAGUGGCGAAGAUGACAGAUACGGAUAUCAUCACUGAAGCCGAGUGCCUGCGCAAUCUGAGAUCUACCGAGGGCAUCAGACUGGUCACGCCGAAUACGCUCUGUGCGAGCAACAAGCAGGCAGCGGGACCCUGCAGCGGCGAUUCCGGUGGCGGCCUCAUGCUCCAGGAGAACAAUGUCUGGCUGCUGCGCGGUGUCGUCUCGGCUGGCCAGGUGUUCACCAAUCGCUGCGACCUGACGCAGCCCGUCAUUUAUACGGAUCUGGCAAGGCAUAUUAGUUGGCUGCGCCAGCACAUCUGGAUUUGAGUCGACUCGUUUCUUUUAAGGCUUAAGUUAACUUGUGAUAAGUAGAAGAAAGAGAGAGAGAGAGAGAGAUAACUUUUAAAUUGUAUGACACAAUAAAUG